AGUCCGCCAAGCCAAACCGCCACGUCCGUGCCGCUCCGCUCGAUAAAAUCCCUCCGCCCCAAAGCUCCCAAAGCCAAAGCAACUUCCACUCCGAACGCAACACAUAGUCCAAAGGAAAAUCGACCAAACGGGCUCGUUCUUGCACGCCCGCAUGGCUGCCCCGGAGGCAAGCAGCCGCCGGCGCGCGGAGCUGUGCGCGGCGGCCGUGUCGGUCGCGGACGCGGCCUCGUGGUGGUGUGCGGUGGCGCUGGUCGCGCUCGUGCUGCUGGGCGCGCUCCGCGCGGAGACCGCGGACGACGGCGACGUGGUGCGGUUCCACGGCCCGCGGCUCGGCGGCCCCGCGGCGCGGCCUUGCGAGGAGGUGUACGUGGUCAGGGAAGGCGAGACGCUGCACAGCAUCAGCGACAAGUGCGGGGACCCGUUCAUCGUGGAGCGGAACCCGCACAUACACGACCCCGACGACGUCUUCCCAGGGCUCGUCAUCGCGCUCAGGCCUACCAAGAACACCUAGCUCUGGGCUCUGACAUCGCGGUGGUGCGUUUUCUGCACGGCCGAUCGAGAUGAGCAAGAACUCAAAGAGUUCUGUGUAGCCUUCUCCUUUCUUCAGUUUGCUUCAAUCGAUCCUUGAGAUCUUGACAACAUCUCUCCUUUCCGGAUGAGAGGAAAUGAUAAGCUGUGUAUACUAGAAAAUCACACGAAAGUAUAGCUAAAUCAAAAGUCGAUGGACCGGCUCUAUGUUU